CACAUUUUACACAGUGAAUGGAUGUGCCUGGCACAUAUUUGUUUUUGUUAGCUACUCUCACUUUAACUACAAAUGUCAUUUACAAAAAAGCAUUGUAAUAAAGUAAAAUUGAGUAUAAUGUGCACUUUUGUUUUUAGGACAAGAACCACUUUUGCUAUUAGAUAUUGCCAGAAUGGAUCUUAACCCUAAUCAUUCAGAAUCCAGGAUGGCGCCAAAUUCAAAACCUGCAAUGCAAAAGGGAGCACACUCCAAAUGUAAUAGUUUAGCUCUUACUGCUGUUGCAUUGCAAGAUCACAUCUCAAGGAGUCUACAAAUCCAGAAUCUCUCACUUUCUGCUCCUCUAAAGAAAGGACACAGGAACCGAAUGCACAACUGUAAAUCUGUUGAUAAAAGUGCAAUACACCCAUUGGUGGACACUGGCUUAAAAAACAGAUUGCUCCUGAAGAAGAGGUGCAGUGGAAGAGAGGAGAAGGAGUAUGUGCUUGAUCCUAGUCCUCCAGCAAUGACAUUAGCUCAGAAAAUGGGUCUGGUUGAAGCUCCUGCGAUGCCUCUCACUGCAGACGACUGGGUUAAAGUAAAGGAGAGGUCUGUGCAGCAAGGAGAGUCAUCACAGCCUUGUGUGAUUUGCAAAGAAGAAUUUGGGCUUCAACAGCAGGUAUUGCUGUCCUGUUCACAUGUUUUUCACAGAGUUUGUUUACAGGCAUUUGAGAGGUUUUCAGGGAAGAAGACAUGCCCUAUGUGUCGGAAAGAGCGGUAUGAGAUGAGAGUCAUACAUGAUGGGGCGCGGCUGUACAAAACCAAGUGUGCAACUAGAAUUCAAGCAUGCUGGCGUGCAUAUAUUGUACGUAAAUGGUAUUCACACUUGAGAAAAACAGUACCACCAAAAGAUACAAAAUUAAGAAGAAACUUCUUUGAACAAAAACUCCAAGAAAUGAACGAUAGCUUUUUAAAGUCAUGUGAUACCAACAUUGAUGAGUUCCUCUCUGAAAUAGACAACUCUGUGGCAUCAAGUAAAGGUGUUCUGCUCCAGUUUGAGAAAGAGUGUGGGUCGGAACUCUCUGAGGAAACAUGGGAGGAAAUACAGCUAAAGGCUGUCUUGCGGGAGACCAGCGAUUGCCCGAUUUGUAUUACCCCACUGUGUCACAUCAGCAGCAUCUUACACCCAACUACAUCUGGUGAUAAUGAUACACACCUUUCUUUGCGACAGACUGUGCUUUUAUCUUGCUCACACAUUUUCCACCACAACUGUCUAAAGGCCUUUGAAGACUUCUGUGUAGACGAGAGGCAUAUCUGCCCUUUAUGCAGGUCUUCGUACCAGAAAAGAAUUCUCUGAAAGUAGGAACUACUGCUUUAUAAACAAGGUAUUCCUAAAGCAAACACACAAUAUGUAGCUGGGUGUGCAAUAAUUGCCCAACAGUUACAUUAGCAUUGUUAGAGGCAUCUUUUUUUUUUUUUUUUUUUUUUUUUUUUUAAGGGAGAUCAUAUAAUACACCUUCAAAUUGAUUAUACAAAUAAAACUCCUUUGGUUUGAUCACUGGUUAGUUAUUAAGGAAUCCCAGACAAUGUCUCCAGUUGCACAUAGAGUACACAGCCAGUCUAACAAUAACUUUCACUCUGUUUUGUAAAGUAGGCCUCGAGGCGGUUGUGGCUAUAGGGGUGACCGCUUUGUUAGCAUAUUCCUCUCAACUGAUAUGAUCACUGGCACUUAACAGAUUAUUCUAACAGACACAUUCUUGUAAUUGGUAACAGCUUUUCCUUUCAGUCACUGUGACUUUGUGAGAUGCCAGCCCCUUGAGGUUACCACAGCUGUCUCCAUGCACAGGAUUGCAGGAAUACGCAGCUACACUGCAAACACUCAUUCAGUGUUUACUGAUCUGUAAAUCUUAUACAUUUGUGUUUGUGUGUGUUGGGAGGAGUAAGGGGCACUUAAAUCGACACAUUGCUAAUUAAAGAAAGCUCAAAUAUAAGAUUUAAGGCAAAUAAAAAAGUGUGAUUUUAGUAUUCUAUGUUCUGUGAUCUAUAUAGUGUUUAUUUCCCUCAUGAAGAUGGCCGUAAACAACCCACAUGCCCCAUGAAUGGAUUAUCUGACAGAUCUAGUAUCCGUGUUCUAGGUAAAUUUUAACAUACUCUGCAUAAUCAAAAGAACACAACAUUCACCAUUCAUCAAAUGUAUUGUAAACUGAAAAAGUACACAAUGUAAAUUCAUACAAUUUUUGCAACAUUUUUACACAACUGUUCUACAAACAAGAGUAUAAAAAAAACACAUUCACAUUUACAAGUGACAUGCAGAAACAUCAACAGCUGCAUAACUAACAGGCUGUUCCCUCGAUCUCAGGUAUUAAACUGUAAAAUACUGUAAGGCAACCAAAACUUUUCAUGAGCUCAAAACACUCCCUGUGCCUCCAUUGCAAGCGUGAAUAGAAAACAGAUUACAUUUUAUGUUCAACUUAUUUGCCUACUCUCAAGUGAAAAAAAAUAGAAAGCAUGCUACUUUAAAAUGACAAAAAACAUAAAAAGUAAUACGCUGUGAAUUUAUGUUCCCUUGGGUUUAAGGUCAUUAGUUAUUCAAGCUGUAAAAAAAUAAAAAAGCCAGUGUUGUAACUAAAGUGCUCAUUUUGCAAGAGUGACACACAACAAGUAAUAACUUAAUGUUCACUAUGGUUAUUUUCAACAAAGGCAAAUUCAAUGUAUUAUGGUUUAGACAACACUGAGUCAUGAUGUACAAAAAAAUGAAUAACUUCUAGUAACUAUAAAAUUAAAAAAAAAAUAAUACGUUUGGGUGGCAAAAAGGUGUAAACUCUGCAUUCCAUAAACCUUGUGUCUGGUCAAUUGAGAUCCUGGGCUCCUCCUUCAGCAAAGUGUGGUUUCACUUCUAUGUAACUAGCGUAGGCAAUGGAAUGUAUCUGUUUUGGUCAGUGCUACUUUGUCACAGUAUUGUUCAGCCACAUAAAUGAACCAUGAGGUUGUUUGUUUGGCAUUUUUAGAAGUCAAAGUUAUUUGCAUCCAUAUUCUGCACUGCUGGAAAUGUUUUUUACAAAUAUAAAAAGUGUACUGAGCAUGACAUUAAAUCAUUCUUCUACUGCUAAAAACUAAAUGGUGAACAUAUUCAAACGCAGAAUAGUAAAUAUUAUACAUACAUCAUGUACAGGUGUACAACAAUACGCUAUACGUAUUGUGAAUCCCUGAAAUAAGGACCAGUGAAUGAUACAUGUUUAAAUGUGUGCUCUAAAGUACUUCAUUAUUUGGGGUUUACUACCCUCCCUCCCCAAUUUUAGAAUGGUAAAGCUGUUUCUCAGAAAAUGUGUUCCUUGUAAGAAUUAAAGUAUUUGAGUAAGAAACUAGUCAUAGAGAGUUCAUUUUACCGUACAAUUCACAUUCCAAUUCGACGCACACAGUCUGAAGUGUAUAUAAAGCUUGGUCAUGUACAGGACUGCAUGUCUACUCUAAUUUCUACUAGCUUCUGUAAGGAAAGCCGGCUUUGUAUGAGAGCAGGGGCUUGUCCCUUGUAUUGUCAUUCAAAUGAAAACAACAUGGCGUCUGUCCUUAUCGUGCUGUAAAGCUAAAUUACCUGAAUUCCAACUAUUGAAUUGUGUCAAACAAUGACUACCGAAAUGCCACUUUUAAAUGAACACUGAAAUAAGAAGUGUGAGAUAGUAUGCAAAACGCAUGACCCCCCCCUCCCCCAACCCACCCUUUUUAGGCAAAGCCAGCUGAAUCUGUUUUAAGACAUCUUUUUUUUCAUAUGAGGGUAUUUAUCAACUACUGUAAAUUGCUGUUGAAUAGUAACUAGAAGCGUUCAGUGAAUCUGUCAUUAAACACACACAACGGAAAAACCUUACAACAAACUAAGAUGUUAGCGAAGGCCUCUUCAUAAGACAUAUUGAGGUGUCUGAUUUGAAACUCAAAAAGAACAGCAAUCUACUGCCAUAACUGUGAAAAAAACAUGUAAUCAACCAAACAGGUAGACACUGAUAACAAAAUACAGAUAAUCAAGGUAGGAAAAAAACACUAGCACAGCAUACUGUUAUUUACACAUUUAAACAUGAAAUGAUGUUGCCUGGACAGUUAUCCCAGAGGUCUCUUGCUUAAUCUGAGGUCCCUAGCUUAAUCUGUAAUCCGUUCAAACUAUUUCUGAUGAGGAUAUGAAUAAUCUUCAUGAAAUCGUAUAAUAAAUGUUAAACUAUCGAAUGUGUGAAACACCAAACCCCUGGUUUCACCCCGACUAGCAAUCAGGAUUUUCAAACGCAAGUUGUCACACACUAGCGUUGUUGAACCCACUGGCCGCAGAAGAUCUUUACUGUACUAUAUCAUGCCACAACAAGCUAAAGUGCACCAACAGAAUAUAAACCCAUCCUUUACAACUCAAAAUCUGAUCAAUAAAAAAGCAAUUCACCAACUAUAUAUGUAACUGUUAAUCCAAAAAAAUAAUACUGCUUAGUUCUAAUGUAAUAUUAAUAUUGCUCAAAGCAGGAACUAGUACAUUAGAAAUGUACCAGCGAUGAGAUAUACAACAGUACAAUUGUGUUUGUUCAAAAUGUAAUUCUUGUGUACUGUAUUAGGGCAAUCAGUCACAUCUAUAGGGUGUGCAUAUAAACUAUUCAAUACAACAAUGCUAAUACCCCCUCUAAAGUGUGUAUUUGGACUUUUUUAUCCAGUGUUUUGUAGAUCCCUUUUUUCAUUAUAAAGUGCUGACUUAAAUUUCUGCACAUUACAAACUGGUGUAAAAACUUACAACAUACUGAUUACAGCUCUUAGUCAGUCACAGAGAUGCUUUUGAGAUAGAGUAAGUUAAGAAGAAAAUACCAUUAAGUAGUGCUGUUUUGUAACAUAACACAUCUAAAAUAUUAAAAAGUACCAACCUUUCAUGACCUUAUACUUUUUUUUUUUUCUUUUAUUUUCAUUUACCUAACAUGUGAAUUAUCAAGUUGCCUGACUUAUCCAGCAUUGCAGUGUCCCUAUACUGUACUCUGCAACCACAAUCAGCACUCAGGUUGUGUGGAUCAAGGCUCUGCCCAGAAUAGCUCCACACAGCCCCAGGCUAGGCCAGUGCAGGAGCAAAGACAUCAAUGUUCUAUUAAAUCCUGGUCUCAUCCGAUCCCACAGAGUAGGUGCUGCCUGCAAUGUUGCCUACAGCAAGAGCUCUGCUGUGAACUGUGAUCAAGACUUUCUGUACUCUACUUGCCUGAGCAGAAAAAAAACAAAACAUUCAACUGGCCAAGCAUGGCUUAAAAAUAUCUAGCUGCAGUGUUAGUAGUGCUUUGUUAAAAAGAUGGUGUAGUGAGGUAUGUUCACCUUUCAGUUAAAUCUGUUUUACCAGCAUUCUCCACACUGCCUGCCCCCAUCUUCAGUCUAUAGUGUCUGUUUUAGCUAUUUAUUUUAAUCAAAUUGGUCUGAAUCGGUUAAUUGCGAGUUGAAUUGCAUUAACUUCUGCAGAACCCCAAGAAUGUAAAAAAAUCCUAAUUUCUACGUGCAUUAUGUAGCUGCAUUUUUACUAAGGAAAAGUUAUUCUGUUAGAAAUAAAAUUUUAAAAAAGAGACAAAUUCUCCCAAAUUCCUUUUUUUUAUUAUUACCAUUUUAAUUAUUUUCUGACUAGACUCAUUUUAUUUUCCAUAAUCAAUAUAGUGCCCAUGAAAGGUGAUGGAAGCUGCAACCUCUUUCCUCAAGAGACAGCUCUGGAGAGGACAGGGUGCUCUGGUCAUCCAAUCACUGGCUUCUCUGGACAGCCUUUUCAUUUUCCAGAGCCAAUACAAAAGUGGGUUUGUGAUGUGGACAGCUGUCCACUAAAAGCUAGGCUGAAACCACAAAAAUGUACUUCACAGAUAUCCAGCAGUCAUCAGAUGGUAGUGGACUUCAUUCACUACCAAGCUUAGGUGAACUCAACUAAAGGCUUUAAACCUGAAUAUGGAUCUGAUGAGCCACCCAGCUCCUGUGUGCUCUCCUUUAUAAGUGAAGGGUUACAAUCCGCAGCAUGUGAUUAUAGAAUAAACUGGCAUUAGCAUAGCAUCAACCUCAUUGUCAACUUAUAUAGACAGUUCUGCAGAGCUUGAAAUGUACAGCUGUGUUUUAAACAUACAAACAAAAAAACAAGAAAAAAACACCUGUGUUAAACAGA